AUUAUCAUAAUCAGCAUCAGUGAAAUAGUACUACUGUAUAAUAUAUUCUGUAAAAUAUAUUUCUCCCGAUGAGUGACCUGACGGUUUAAUUUAUGCACUUAUUUCUACAAAAAAAAAACUAAAAAAAGAGAUGUGACGCCUAUGGGUUGUUGUUGUACGAUAUUAAUUUCUUAUAAAACUUGUGAAUUCCGUCUGGUAAAUCUCUGUGACAAGUAAUAAUUCUAAAUUGGUUUUUGUAAACAAACAAUACAAUGAAGAAACAAUUAUUAACCUUUCUAGUUUUAUUGUGUUCGUGUUUGAAAGUGAUUGCCCAAGGUGGCGAUAAAUGUACAUUAAAAGGUUCACUCAAAUCGGGUAUUUGUAAAAUAAUUACAGAUUGUCCAACUGCAGUGGAAGAAGCAAAAUUAGGAAUUGAACAAACGUUGUGCGGAUAUGCAGACGACUUAAUUACGGCCAUUGUAUGUUGCGAAGAAAAGAGAAUCGUUGACGAUAAUUUGGAUAAACAACAACAAAAGAGAAUAAGCCAAGAAAAAUGUGAAGAAUAUAAUAGACCGGUUACAGCCGUCGUCGGUGUUUUACCGCUAAUUUCGGAUGCGGUUCCUAUUACAAUAAAAAAUCCCAAAUGCGAUUAUAACGUAAAACCUUUAAUAGUAGGUGGUGAACCAGCGGAACCGGGAGAAUUCCCUUUCAUGGCUCUUGUAGGAUUUAAUGCCACAUCUGAACCUUGGAGAUGUGGGGGAACUCUAAUAAGUAAUAGAUUCAUCGUAACUGCCGCUCACUGUACUUUUACUACUGACGCCGGCAAGCCAACAGUAGUUCGUCUCGGCGAACUAGAUUUGUCAUCGGAAAAUGACGGUUCUCAAUAUAAAGAUUAUCCUUUAAGAAGAAUAAUAAUCCAUCCUAAUUAUUCGCCUCCUUCCAAAUAUAACGAUAUCGCUCUACUAGAAACUCGAGACGAAGUAAUAUUUACGCGAUUUAUUCGACCGGCGUGUUUAAAUUUAAACAGCGAUAUACAAAACGGUAAGGCUAUAGCCACCGGUUGGGGAAGAACCGAUUUUGCCGCCGAUAACAGCGAGAAACUUAUGAAAGUCACGUUAAACGUUUAUACAAACGAAAGAUGUAAGACGACUUUUCCGAGCGAUGUAUCUCUACCGAGGGGAAUAGCGUCUUCGAUGGUAUGCGCUGGAGAUCUUAAAGGCGGAAAAGAUACAUGUUAUGGAGAUUCCGGCGGUCCACUCGUAGUUACCAAAACUGGAAAUAUGUGCUAUUUUUAUUUGAUAGGAAUAACAUCGUUUGGAAAAUUGUGCGGAUUUAGUAAUACACCUGCCAUUUAUACUAGAGUAUCAGAAUAUAUACCAUGGAUUGAAAAUAUCGUUUGGUAGAUAUUUUUGUACCAAUAUUUUUCUUGAUAAAAUACUAGUUUUAACAUUUUUACUGCUUAUUUAAAAAAGACAUUUUUUGUAGCUUUGACUUUUAUAAAUAAAGUUUAAAUUAUUCACAUUUUAUGAUUCCUAAAAAAAUACGCUGAA